CGGCUAUUCUGGACACUAACGGAUUCCUCUCUGUUGUCUCACACAGAUUCCCAGCUUCCGCAGGACGACCAAGGUGUUGGUGCCAAGUUUUGCUUCUCUUCUCUCCCUUACUGCGCCAAGCAAAUUCUUCCCGCCACGUCGAAAUGUUGCUCCACUCUCACACCCCCUCCUCUCCCGCCGUUUCCCGCGCUAUCCCUGCGUGUAACUCGCACCGCUCACGAACGCACCUGAACAGACCGCGCUUUGCGCCGCAUUCCACGGCGGAGAGAGCGUCUCUCGGUCUCACCCUCCCCGGUCCAUUAAUAGUCAGCUACGGCGCACCCGCGAAUCGCGUAGUCGUUUCCGCAUCCUCCUCCGCCAAGCCGUCCGCGCCCGCUACAGCCGCGCCGCCAACCGGCGGCGGCGGCGGCGGGAGGGAUUUCUUUGAGUCGGACGUGGUGCGCUACGGCGACCGCUACAACCGCCCGGACCGCUUCCCGCGCCUGCGACGCGCGGACGCGGCGCAGCGCCAGGUGGACGUCAGGGAUUGGCUGCAGCGGCUGCGGGCUACCGCACGCGACGUCUUCGUAUGGGACGAAGGGGAGAAUAAUGACGCACUGGAGACGCACGGUGGAGAUAGUGAGGGCGCGGAGGGGGCGGAGGGGGCGGAGGAGGGGCAAGGCGCAGCAGAUGCAGCAGGCAUGGCGGCGGCGUCCGCGUUCCGGUUGCUGGUGGCGCAGGGGCGGCUGGAGGAGGCGUUUGACGUGGCGCGGGAGGGGAUGAGGGCGGGUCGCGCGGCGUUCGCGCUUGAGCCCGUGGCGCUGCUGCAGCCCGGUAGCGCCGGCAGCCCGGCAGCAGCAGAUCACGCUGCAUUCAUGCUGGCAGCCGUGGACAGUGGCAACGUCGAGACCGCCUUUGAAUACGCCGGCCUGCUGCCCCCCCCUCCCUGCUCCUCCUCCGCCUCCUCCGCCCCCUCCGCCUCCUCCUCCUCCACAUCUCUCCCCCCGUCCGCCAUGGCUGUCUACAACCUGCUGCUGGCGGCGUACGUGGUGGCGGGGGACAGCAGCGCCAUGCUGCUAGCUGUCAACACGGCGCGGCGCAGAGGGAUCGCUCCCGAUGGGCUCACGUCCGCGCUGCUGCUGGCGGCGGCUGUGGCGCACGGGGAUGAAGAGGGUGGUGUGGAUAAGCUAUCACAGCAGCGGCUGAUGUUUGAGGAUGCGUGUGCGCAUGGGCAUGUCAGGCCCGGGGUCACACUGCAGCAAGCGCUGGCAGCAUGCACCGUGCCGUUCGUGCGCACUGGUUGAAAAAUACACUAUUUGAUAGCUGGUACGAUUCAAUGUGUUUCUAGCUGCCGAGGAGUUCUUGUGUUUGGCAGAGGGAUCGACUACGCAGGGAUGCAUGCAUGCAUGCGUAAACAGGAGGCAUGCCAAGUUGAAAGCACAACACAGCAUAGGCACACGCAAAACCUUG